AUGUUGCAUGGACGGACGUAAUUUUAUUUCCACAGUAAAUAAGGAAAUUCCAUUAGGGAUCUCUCUAAUAUAAAGUAAGAUAGUUCCACCUAGACUUUUGUCAAGAUCAGAACAUUCAAGCAUUCAUUACGUAACCAUGAAGAAGCAUUGGUGUUUUACACCCAUUUCAAAUGAUUGUGAGCAUAUAUAGAAUAUACAGUGGGGAGAACAAGUAUUUGAUACACUGCCGAUUUUGCAGGUUUUCCUACUUACAAAGCAUGUAGAGGUCUGUAAUUUUUAUCAUAGGUACACUUCAACUGUGAGAGACGGAAUCUAAAUCAAAAAUCCAGAAAAUCACAUUGUAUUAUUUGUAAGUAAUUAAUUUGCAUUUUAUUGCAUGACAUAAUUAUUUGAUCACCUACCAACCAGUAAGAAUUCCGGCUCUCACAGACCUGUUAGUUUUUCUUUAAGAAGCCCUCCAGUUCUCCACUCAUUACCUGUAUUAACUGCACCUGUUUGAACUCGUUACCUGUAUAAAAGACACCUGUCCACACACUCAAUCAAACAGACUCCAACCUCUCCACAAUGGCCAAGACCAAAGAGCUGUGUAAGGACAUCAGGGAUAAAAUUGUAGACCUGCACAAGGCUGGGAUGGGCUACAGGACAAUAGGCAAGCAGCUUGGUGAGAAGGCAACAACUAUUGGCGCAAUUAUUAGAAAAUGGAAGAAGUUCAAGAUGACGGUCAAUCACCCUCGGUCUGGGGCUCCAUGCAAGAUCUCACCUCGUGGGGCAUCAAUGAUCAUGAGGAAGGUGAGGGAUCAGCUCAGAACUACACGGCAAGACCUGGUCAAUGACCUGAAGAGAGCUGGGACCACUGUCUCAAAGAAAACCAUUAGUAACACACUACGCCGUCAUGGAUUAAAAUCCUGCAGAGCACGCAAGGUCCCCCUGCUCAAGCCAGCGCAUGUCCAGGCCCGUCUGAAGUUUGCCAAUGACCAUCUGGAUGAUCCAGAAGAGGAAUGGGAGAAGGUCAUGUGGUCUGAUGAGACAAAAAUAGAGCUUUUUGGUCUAAACUCCACUCGCCGUGUUUGGAGGAAGAAGAAGGAUGAGUACAACCCCAAGAACACCAUCCCAACCGUGAAGCAUGGAGGUGGAAACAUCAUUCUUUGGGGAUGCUUUUCUGCAAAGGGGACAGGACGACUGCACCGUAUUGAGGGGAGGAUGGAUGGGGCCAUGUAUCGCGAGAUCUUGGCCAACAACCUCCUUCCCUCAGUAAGAGCAUUGAAGAUGGGUCGUGGCUGGGUCUUCCAGCAUGACAACGACCCGAAACACACAGCCAGGGCAACUAAGGAGUGGCUCUGUAAGAAGCAUCUCAAGGUCCUGGAGUGGCCUAGCCAGUCUCCAGACCUGAACCCAAUAGAAAAUCUUUGGAGGGAGCUGAAAGUCCGUAUUGCCCAGCGACAGCCCCGAAACCUGAAUGAUCUGGAGAAGGUCUGUAAGGAGGAGUGGGCCAAAAUCCCUGCUGCAGUGUGUGCAAACCUGGUCAGGAAACGUAUGAUCUCUGUAAUUGCAAACAAAGGUUUCUGUACCAAAUAUUAAGUUCUGCUUUUCUGAUGUAUCAAAAACUUAUGUCAUGCAAUAAAAUGCAAAUUAAUUACUUAAAAAUCAUACAAUGUGAUUUUCUGGAUUUUUGUUUUAGAUUCCGUCUCUCACAGUUGAAGUGUACCUAUGAUAAAAAUGACAGACCUCUACAUGCUUUGUAAGUAGGAAAACCUGCAAAAUCGGCAGUGUAUCAAAUACUUGUUCUCCCCACUGUAUGACUUGAUUAAUUUUUUCUAAAGUUUACUAUUCCAUAAAUCGAUACCUCCCCAACUUUUUGGGGGUUGUGUCAACUCAUGCUUUUUACAAGAUCAGAACAUUUAAAAAAUGGUGAAACACCUUUAAAUUAGGGUAUAAAGCUGAUAAAUGUGAUUGAAGUUGUAGAGAAGACAAUGUCCUAAAAUGACUAUAAUCCCCCAUUCAUUCACACUGUUCCAGACAUUCCAUACCAAAUGUUAUGUGCUUGAUAAAUUAUAAAUCUCAAAAUUGGACACAGAUUUGCCCCCAGAAACCUAACUUGACACCCUUUUGGGUUAAACAGCCCUGGCCUGGACCACAGGUAUAGUUAGCCUUGCCCUACAACAUCCCCAGGACAUACUUAUCCCUCCUCCUACCUCCUCAAAGAGGAACACUUGUUUAGUCCAUGACUUCAUAGUUUUAAAAAAAUAAAAAAUUUAACCUUUGGCAUGUUUGUGUCUAUACUAUUACAAUGAUCUAUUAAUCGCCCCAAAGAUAUGCGUGAAAUGUGUUUGGCUCAGGAGCAGACUGGAGUAAUGGGGAAGGUAUGUUUUUGCAGCUGAAAGAUUCCAAAUCUGAUUUCUUAAGGGUUGAAUUCCUCUCCUCUACCCACCUCACCCCCUCAACAGACUGCAUAGUUUCACUUCCAGGGCUCAGGUAUGAUCACAGUCACAUAGUAGGGAUUACGCUGUGGCCUUGUCGUCCUAAUAAAUGCCACUACCUAAAUCCCACCAUUCAGCAGGGAUUUAAAACAUAAUUUACCCUGUAUUCUUUACGGUGUGUUUUACCACAUUAUCUAUUCAUCGAUGUUGCAAUUCUCUCCAGGUGUGUAUUAUUCCUUUGUACAACAGCAUAAUUAAAUGGAGCAAUAUAUUUACAGUAGCUACUGCUGUAAAAUACAAACAAGAUUUGUAGUAGUUAAUAGCUUAACACUUACUUGUAUUCACUGGAAGCAUUUAUUCUAAGGUACAUUAAACAGCGGGUAUUCAGUCUCGUCAUUAAAAGACUAAGGUUAUUUGGGUUUUCCUGUCCAAAAGGUUAUUUGCGUUUUCCUGUUUUUGUUUGUUUUUCAGGCGGUUAUAUUUCAUUUGUUCAGUUUUAACUUUGCAUUUAUUUUAUGUAACAGUCAAAGAUUUUUAUAGCAUUCCUUCCACUUCUUUUUUCAACCUUGUUUAUUUAAUUGAAUACCAAAGGCAUUAGAGAACGUGCUGUAAUUCUGCAAUAGUUUCAUUGCUUGGUUAGAAGGGAGGUUUCUGACAUUGUAGGGAGCGUCAGCUGGGUUCUAAUGACACCUAACCUGCCAAAGCAAACGGUCUCUUCCCAAAACCACCACUCUGGGUCUCCGGGUCAAUCAAUCCUCAACCGCCAACCAGCGUUGACUUUGUAUCCAUUUCCUCAAACAUAAGCCAUUUUAUAUUUGACAUUUUAUAUUUAGUUAUAGUGGUGAGUUUGGGUGCUUGUCCCACACUGGUCCUAAAGGCAAUUAAGUAAUGCACUUGCCAACCUAUUUUCUUACACUUUGGAUGCCCUCGUGGGCAGCACCAUGCAUCCCACUUCUGACACCAAAUGUAAAUUCAUGGGGUAACCUUCUGGGACUUGCAUUUGUCAGUCCAAGACCUUUGCCAUUACACCAAGAGAGGUCCAAACCUCUUGACAAGGUUCUAAGGUGUAGGUGUUGUACUGAGGAUGUUAGAAUUAAGCUUCUAUACAAAGUCUGUCACAGUUCAGACUGUAUGGAAUAUGCAAACUAUAAUGUACAGCUGUACUUUAGUCUGGCAGAUCAGCGCCAAUGUUCAAAAUUAUCAUAAUCUUGUGAUCUUUCUAAUGGUGGAGAGCUGGUUGCCGUUUUAUGUCAUCGUCUGACAAUUGACAUCUGCUUUUAACAUCUUUCAGCACAACUUAGUUUAAAUGAAUACCAUAACAGGAGCAGACACAACUAAUACCUGCAUUUUCUCCUUGUAAUCACAUCGUGCUGCUGUUGGUUCAACUCGCUCUUUAAUAAUGUGAAUUGUUGAUGCUUGAACCACAGAUAGGCUAAAGCCUUCAUGCAUAUGCUGGUGGUUGGUUUUGGAAACAGGCUGCAUGUAACUUUCUUGUGUUUUGAACCAUGUCGGUACUACUGAUGCCUUAGUCAUUUGCAUGGAUGAAAACCACAUGAAUGUAUUACAGUACACCAGUGGAGGCUGCUGAGGGGAGGACGGCUCAUAAUAAUGGCUGCAACGGAACGAAUGGCAUCAAACACAUGGAAGCCAUGUUUGAUGUAUUUGAUACCAUUCCACUAAUUCCUCUCCAGUCAUUACCACGAGCCCGUUCUCCCCAAUUAAGGUGCCACCAACCUCCUGUGCAGUACACUGUAACAUCUGUCUUAUAAAUGUAGUGUGUGACAAGCUUUGGUGUUCCCUGUAUUGCAAAGGAGGUUGGUGGCACCUUAAUUGGGGAGAACGGGUUCGUGGUAAUGACUGGAGAGGAAUUAGUGGAAUGGUAUCAAAUACAUCAAACACAUGGUUUCCAGGUGUUUGAUGCCAUUUCAUUCGCUCCGUUCCAGCCAUUAUUAUGAGCUGUCCUCCCUUCAGCAGCCUCCACUGGUGUAUUGUGCUCGAGCAGUGGGUCAUAACAUAGCAGCAAGACUAGUGGGACACACCUACAACAAGGAAGAGCACUUUACAUGACUGCAUUAGAGAAUGCCAUAAAUCUGGAUUAUUUUAAGAGCUUUAUUUGGGAAAGCACCUUUUGAAGAGUGGGAAAGACAGAAAUGAACAUAGUGAGUGGGGCACUCGGAGGAUAGGGGAGAGAGAGGGAGGGAGCUGGAGAGAGGAGGGGUAGAGUGUGUGUGUGUUUGAGGGAGAGAGUGAGUGAGAGGGAGGGGGAGUGAAAAGGAGGGAGGGAGGGAGCUGGAGAGAGGAGGGGUAGAGUGUGUGUGUGUGUUUGAGGGAGAGAGUGAGUGAGAGGGAGGGGGAGUGAAAAGGAGGGAGGGAGGGAGCUGGAGAGAGGAGGGGUAGAGUGUGUGUGUGUUUGAGGGAGAGAGGGAGUGAGAGGGAGGGGGAGUGAAAAGGAGGGAGGGAGGGAGCUGGAGAGAGGAGGGGUAGAGUGUGUGUGUGUUUGAGGGAGAGAGGGAGUGAGAGGGAGGGGGAGUGAAAAGGAGGGAGGGAGGGAGAAAUAUAAGACACACGGCAAUAGAGGGGAAGGUAACACAGCGGAUAACUUCCCUGUCAGGCUCACCAUGUUUCUGCUGCAGACUGUGACUGUUAUUUCUCUGACUGUCGUUCUCCUGGACGCAGUGGAAGGUAAGACACAAUAACACCUACACUAUACCGUCAGCAGUAUGCACCCUGCUGGGAGCCAGUUUAGCAGGGAAGCGAUGGCGAAGGAGAUUAAGCUAGAGGAAAGGGGAAGAGAGCCAAUACUGGAGCAGCAGCAGGGAGAGUCAUGGAUGUAAACAGAGGGCUAGAAUGCAGGAAGACAAUGAUUUCAAAACUAACAAGCUAACUGAAUACCUAAUAACAAGCUAACUGAAUACCUAAUAACAAGCUAACUGAAUACCUAAUAACAAGCUAACUGAAUACCUCAUAGACUUUCAUGGGAAAAGUGAUAGAUGAUGUCAAUGAUAAUAUAUGACAAGGUUCAGAGCAGCUUUUAUAUGACAUGCAUAUGGUAACUGUUAUCUCGGCUAAUGUUAUUGUGUUUACUCGCUCUGAUUGGACAAAAAGGCUUGUCAUGUAGUCACAGUGCCACUGGCAUAACAGUACAUUGUUGGGGAUCAUGGGAUGAUCUAGCUAAUUCCUCUGGCAUUCUAGUGUGUAUAGGGGGUGUGUAAUACUCCUGACUCUGUCUGCACAAAAUAUUACAUAUUAACCUUACAUAGUCCAACUAAACUGUAUAGAAUAGUGCAAUGAUAUGCGUUGCAUUCCUACUAAAAUAUUUGCCAUUUGAGCUAAUUUCUAUCAUAACAACCCUCCUUAGCGAUCAGCCUUCAUAUACUGUAAGUGUGCUUUGACGAGUCUGACAUAAGGGUAUGUCUCUCUCCCCCUCACUUUCUCUCUCUCCCCCCUUUCUCUCUCAGGUAAGGGGGUACAGAUGCAGAGAGACGUUCAGUGCUGUAUGCAGUACUCCCAUGGGAAAGUGCGCACCAAAGACGUGCUGAGGUUUGAAGUGCAGACAGAGGGGCCAGACUGCAGCAUACAAGCCAUCAUGCAAGUAUUCCAACUAUCCCCAAGCAACUCGCAGACAUAGAACAUAUUCCUCUCACAGCUGUGAGGCAUUGUCAUCUAUCCAGGUCAUGUUGUUAUGGCUCAGAUUCUACUGUAAUUGCCAGGGAUGUGAGGAAGGAAAUAGGUGGGAAUAACAAGCCAUAAAGAAAAAGAUGCCUCACUAGCCAACUUUGUUGAAGCUUUGGUUCAGAGAAGGCUUUAUUGAAACCAUGCUGCAUAUCUACAGUAUGUUCUGAAUGUUUCAGUUGGAAAGUUGGUGUGGUGAAUGUUCUUUAUCUGUUGUGGCUGCAGACUGUACACCAAGAAGGCGGUGAAGUGUGCUGACCCCAGAGACAGAAGGGUCAAGAGGUUACUGAGGAAGCUGCUCCAGAGGCAGAGGACCAAAGCACAUAGGACCAUGUGGCUCCACCCUCAUGGCAACCUGCCAGUCAUGUCGGAGGUGGGAAAUAUGCACUGUGUUUAUACACAUAGGGCUCAAUUCAAUCUAAUGCACAUUGCAGUUACGUAUACUACAUAAACAUUCCUAUGGUGGGAGUGAUUGAAUCCAGCCUGUACAUCCAAACGGCUUUAUUAGAUAGUGGUAAUGAUAGCGUUAUUGAAAAGUGUGCUGUAGACGUUUCUCCCUGAUUUAUGUCUCCAUAGACAAUGAUUUUCCACACUUUUCUCUCUCAGGACAAAAAGGAUGUGUGGGAUGCCCUCCAUGUGGAAUGAUUGUGAGGUUGCUGUUACCACAGGAGGAUGAUUACUGUCAUAGGUGACAGCUGUUUAAUAUUGUACUGUAUUGUCUCCGCAUAAACUUACAGUUUCUGACAUUUAUGUUGCACUUAAAUUGCCCUUUGGGGACAAUAAAGAUUUAUUUAACUGAACUAUCUUUCUUGUCAUUGCAGGCCAAGUAAACUUCCAGCGGCUUCUCGUCCUAACUCAGCCAAGCUUGCUGACUCUCCAGUCGUCUCGUGUCACUAUCUAUCUGCCUGGGAGAGUGUAGUGGCUGAGUUGUCAUCGCCAUACAUUGCAGAGUCCAUGAGAGGUUUUGAUAUAUAGCUAAAUGUCUUUUACACACUGUCGCUAACUAUGCCAAAGUAUUUGCCAAGUAUUUCUGAUUACUCUUUAUUCCGAGAAACCGGUCUUCACCAUCUAUGUAUGGCUGUUCAACUUCAUAGAUGGCUUGUUCUCGCCUGAAACACAAUGUUAUGUAGAAAAAUGCACUGUUUGUUUAAACACAUCUAAAGUGGAUAUUUUAUAAAUAAAUUAACCAGAA